AUGGCGGUGGUCGGCGUUCUCGCCCUGCAGGGAUCCUACAACGAGCACAUGUCCGCGCUGAGGAGGAUCGGUGUGAAGGGGGUGGAGGUGCGCAAGCCGGAGCAGCUGCAUGGCCUCGACUCGCUCAUCAUCCCCGGCGGCGAGAGCACCGCCAUGGCCAAGCUCGCCAACUACCACAACCUGUUUCCUGCACUUCGAGAGUUUGUCGGUGCAGGAAAGCCUGUGUGGGGAACAUGUGCUGGGCUCAUUUUCCUUGCAAACAAGGCGGUAGGACAAAAAUUGGGAGGCCAAGAGCUUGUUGGGGGGCUAGACUGCACUGUCCACCGGAACUUUUUUGGGAGCCAGCUGCAAAGCUUUGAAACCGAACUUUCAGUGCCAAUGCUUGCGGAGAAGGAAGGAGGCAGUAAUACAUGCCGUGGAGUAUUUAUACGAGCACCUGCUAUCUUGGAAGUAGGAUCGGAUGUUGAAAUACUGGCUGAAUGCCCUGUUCCUUCUGGUAGACCCAGCAUUACCAUACCAUCUGCCGAGGGUGUUGAGAUGUGUGUAUCUGGAUGUUCCUUUUAUUCAAGUACUUUGCUGACAAAAUGCUUUGAGAAAUACUACUACAUGAGUAGCGGCUACCCUGAUGGAUCCCUUGUCGAAAACAUACUCCAAAUUACCUUAUCUCUUCUAUGCACUGACUUGCAAUGCAUAUUACCCUGGCAGGAAGAGGUGUACUCAAAAGAUCGGGUGAUUGUUGCGGUACGUCAAGGGAACAUCCUCGCCACCGCUUUUCACCCAGAAUUGACAUCAGACUGUAGAUGGCAUCGCUUCUUCUUGGACAUGGACAGAGAAUCCCAUCCAAAGGCCUUCUCGGCGCUAUCUCUAUCGUCGUCUUCAAGAGGUUCAGAAGGCGGGUCAAAGACCAAGCCUUUUGAUCUUCCCAUAUUUGAAUAG